UUAUUAUACUUGAUAGAUUACCAUUGAAUCAAAAUGGAAAAAUAGAUCGAAAACUUCUUCCUUCACCUACUUUCACUCACCUAUCAUCAAAUCAACUUAAGCAUAAUAGUGAACUAUUAUUACCAACAAAUGAUAUUGAAGUUAGUAUUCAUCGUAUUUGGUGUGAAAUAUUCACACAAAAUCAAAUCUCAACCGAUACAAAUAUAUUUACUAUUGGUGGUCAUUCAUUACUUAUGAUGCAAUUAUUUCAUCGAUACAAGGUCGAGUUUCAUUUAGACACGAACGCUCUUUCUAUUACUAAUCUGUUUCAAAAUCCAACAAUUAUUCAUCAUGCUCAACUCAUUCAACAAUCUAUGAAGAAUCUCCAUACUCUCGAUGAUUAUCCUUGGUCUUCAUUACAUCUCACUCAAGCUCGAGCAUCAUUUGCACAAGAACGAAUCUAUUUAGAUGAACAAAUUCGUUUUUCAUCUAAGAAAACAAUGAAUAAUAUGUAUAUUAUUGCAUUGCUUUAUCGAAUAUCACCUAUGAAUGAUCAAAUAUCAAUUACUCGAUUACAGCAUGCAUUUCAAAGUGUUAUCACAAAACAUAAUAUUCUUCGAACAGCACUUUAUGUUGACACAAAUGGUAAUAUUAUACAACAUUGUUUGGAUCUAAAUGUCAUUCAACAUGAUUAUAUGAAAUCCUGCGGAUUGACAAUUGUUAAUCUUCAUAAUGAUGGUCGUCGUCAUGUAAAUGAAAUUAUAGUAGAAAUACUAAGUCAAUCUGAUUUAUUUGAUUUAUCAAAAGGUCGUAUUAUUCGUUGUCAUAUUAUUCGCCACUGUGACUAUUCCAAAGAUAAUAUUUCAUGUGAGAAUAAUGAUUUGUUGGGUGAAAAUGAUUACAUAUUGAUUAGUAUUCAUCAUGCAAUGUUUGAUGGUGCAUCAACAUCAACCUUCCUUGGUGAUCUUUCUCUUGCCUAUCAAUCUAAUGACUCAUUAUAUAUGGUUGAUAACUCAUUAGCAUAUAUAGAUUAUUCUGUUUAUGAACAUAUCAUGGAUAUGUCAUUAUCUCGUGAAUUCUGGCGUUCUCAACUUGAAGGAUAUAGUACCGAAUGUUCAUUAUCAUUACCAGUUGAUCGACAAUGUUCAUCAACAAAUCAACAACGAUCAGGUCUAGCAUCCAUAGCUGAAAUCACUUUCGAUAAUGAAUUAUACACAUCAUUUCUAAACUAUGCAUCAUCACAUCACCUCACACUUUUUCAACUUGGAUUAUCGAUAUUCUAUGUUUUCCUAUUCAAAUUAUCUCAUGGUGAGACUGAUUUAUGUAUUGGUUCUAUCAAUGCUAAUCGAUAUCGAAAUGAAUUUCAAAAUCUAAUUGGAAUGUUUGUUUCAACAUUACCAUAUCGUUUAGAAAUUGAUUCGAAUUGGUCUUUUGAUGAACUUGUUGAACAUGUUCGAGAAAAAUGUUUAUCAAUUCUUGAACAUUCUCAUUAUCCAUUACAACAUAUUUUUGGUGAUAAUCGAUUAAAUCAAUCGAGUGUAUCAUUUCUGGAGACAAUGUUUGAUUUUAUUAGUGUGUCGAAAGAUAUGGAACAUUUAAAUUUGAAUGGUGUAAAUUUAGAGCAAAUAUUAUUGGAAGAAUCAGCUAAAGUGGCUAAAUUUGACUUCUCAUUAAUAUUUCAAUACAAUCCAUUAUCAAAUAACAAGAGAUUAUCAUGUAGUUUUGUUUGUUCAUAUGAUUUGUUUGAAGAAUCAACUAUUUUACAAAUGGCUCAAAGAUUUCACUAUAUGUUUGAGCAAUUGUUUCAAACAAAAUCAAUCAACACUUUUGUGAUGGAUGUUAGUCCAUCGAUUAAGAAAGUGUCUCUCAUUCAUCCUGAGGAAGCCAAAGAAAUGGAAUCAAUCAUGUUUUAUCGAUGGAAGAAUAUUGUUAAUGAAGGUAUGAUUGUAUAG